AUGGCUCUUUGCCAGAACAGGUUACAGGAGGAGCGCAAGCAAUGGCGACGUGACCACCCGUUCGGAUUCUUUGCCAAACCGUCCCGGACAAAGGAGGGCGUGCUCGACCUGAAGAACUGGGAAUGCGGAAUUCCGGGCAAGGAAAAGACGAUCUGGGAGGGAGGGUUGUUCAAGCUCAACAUUGCGUUUCCCGACGAGUACCCAACAAAGCCGCCGAAAUGCAAAUUUGUCCCUCCGCUGUUCCAUCCCAACGUCUACCCCUCGGGCACCGUCUGCCUGUCGAUUCUCAACGAGGAAGAGGCCUGGAAGCCGGCCAUCACGGUCAAGCAGAUUCUUCUGGGCAUCCAAGACCUGCUCAACGACCCCAACCCCGAGUCGCCCGCCCAAGCCGACGCCUACAAUCUGUUCAAGAAAGACAAGAUCGAGUACGAAAAGCGCAUCCGGCGCGUAGUUCGCGAGAAUCCGGCGCCGUAA